AUGUUCUGCUUCCGCGAAUCACCUAACUAUGAGCUAAUGGAGCCUGUGGAAGAUGAUCUCCGCAAAAUUGCCAAACCUGGCAGGUUUGCUAAUCGCGAGGUUGUUGACCUGGAGCUCCAUAAAAAUGUCGACUACUCCAAGCGUUAUAUUGAUAUUGAGGGCCCUUAUGGCCGUCAUGUCUACCUUGUUCACGAGCCUCUCGGGACCAGCGCAGAUCUUCUGGUGAAGAUGUCUCCGGGAUCUUCAGCUGAAGAAUUUACUGCUUCCCGAGCCCCGUCUAUCUCCCCCAGACAAGCCGUGGCGAAUCUUCGCUUGGAGUCUGUGAAAGGUGGCCUCGUUCUCCCGCUUGUCCUCGGCCCUGAUCGAUUCCAUCUUAGACUCUAA